CUUAUUUUACACCAGAGUUUCACUAACAUUGAUUACCUUUUCAACCAAAAUUACAUAUAAAAUAAUAAAGUAAACUUGGCAAAACAUUUAUCAAUUGUUGCCACAAUCAAGUCUAUUAAACUUUCAAACAUUUGCUUUGGUUCAAUUUAAUUUGAUUGUUAAUUUAAGAAGAGAAAAUGUUUCGUCUAAUUGUUCUUUGUUUAUUGCCUUUAACAUCUUUAGCCAAUGUAGCAUGGGAAGACUGUGGUGCAGCUGAUCGAUCAAUUGUAUUCCGUAAGGUUGGUUUGGCUUCUCCACUCACCAUUAGCAGUAGCCAGCCUCUUCUAAUGGACUUGGCCUUUGACUUGCUCGAUCCUCUGGACACUGAUGUAAAUAUUGAUAUCGAAAUGCGUCGCUACUUCUCCAUUUUAGGCAUCAAAACUUCAAUCAAAAUUCCGUGUAUCAAUGAUGUUGGCUCUUGCUCUGGACCUUUCUGUUAUUUUGUCCAGUCCUAUGCCAAUUUGGCUCGAUCAGUAGCCAACCAAUUGAAUGUACCCUUCUCAUGUGAACUUGAACCCACUCACGUCAAUGGUACCGUCACCUACUCAGUCCCAACAUCGGCCUUAAGACGUAUUCCAUCAGUGCUCUUAUCUGCUGCUUCGGGUGAUUAUGGACUUAUUGUUCGCUGGAAAUCGAUCGACCGAGAAAUCGCUUGUUUGUCCAUUCGAUCUAAUAUCAAUAUUGUCAAUUAAUCUGUAAAAUUUUCAUUGAAUAAAAACUCUCCAAUAGCUUUUAAUGGAA